UCUUCGUCUUCCUCCCGAAACCUAGCAAUGGCCGGCGGCGAAUGACCGCCGUGAGUGCUUGUUGCAGGGAAUCCCUCGCUCGCCUCUUGCGCCAAUGCUCCAGCCUCGUCGAGGGGCGAGCCCUCCACGCCAGGAUCGCCGCCGCUGGGUUCGCGGAUCGCGAUGUGCUGCUCAGCAACAUGCUUGUUCGAAUGUAUGGCAACUGCGGCAGCGUGGGCGAUGCCUGCCGCGUCUUCGACGCCAUCGAGCCCAAGAAUCGCUUCUCCUGGAACAUGAUCCUGGCCGCCUACGCGGAGAAUGGCCACAUCGACGCAGCGCGCGCGGCGUUCGUCGCCAUGCCCGCGCGGGAUCUGGUUGCGUGGACAGUCCUUAUAGCCGGAUUCGCGAAGAGCGGCGAGAUGGAAGCCGCGAUAGCUACGUUCUUGCGGACGCCCCAGUGGGAUUCCCCUUGCUGGAAUGUGCUUAUCGCGGCAUUUGCCCAAACAGGGCAAUGUGCUCAAGCGAAGCAUGUCUUUGAUUUCAUGCCCGAGCCCGAUUCCAUCUCCUGGAACACACUGAUGCAAGCUUUCGCGCAGCACCAUUCAAUCUGUGAUGCCAAAGAAAUCUUUGAUCGAAUGCCCGCGCGGCAGCUCUCGUCCUGGAAUUGUCUACUCACUGCAUCUGCCCAAGCAGGGGAUUUGCAGUGGAUUGACGAUGUCUUUGAUCGGAUUCCUCUCCAUGAUGUGAUCUCCUGGACGGCAUUUCUAGGGGCCUAUGCUGAAUCACACAAGCUCGAUUCAGCACAAGAGAUCUUCGAUCGUAUGCCCGAGAGGAACGCAAUCUCUUGGAACGCGAUGAUCGCGGUAAAUGCCAAAGCGGGGCGAAUCCACGAUUCGUGGUCGAUGCUGCGGAGGAUGCCCCAGCACAGCGUCAAUCCCUGGAACGCGAUCCUCCAGCACUGCCCGUCGAUCGACCGCGCGCGCGAGCUCUUCCAAUCGAUGCGCCACAGGAACCUCUUGUCCUGGAACACUGCUCUCGGGGUCUUUGCGGAGCAAAUGGCCGCGAUGGGCGAGCUCUUCGAUCGAAUGCCAGCGCGCAGCAUUGUCUCCUUCAACGCCGCGAUCAAAGCCCACACCGAUCGCGGGGACGUGCACGGCGCGAUGGCGGUGCUGGAUUCCAUCCCAGGCGACGGUGGUAGUGGCGGCGAUCUCAUCUCCUGGACGAUGAUCGUGGCGGCCCACGCCCGCCGCUAUGGCGGCGCUGCCGACGCGAUCUACCUCUUCGAUCGCCUCCCUCACCGCGAUCUCUACUGCUGGAACGCGCUCCUCGUCGCGCUGGCUGAGAACGUUUUGAGCGGCGAUCAUCUCAUCCACGCGAAGAGGCUCUUCGAUCGAAUGCCCGCCCACGAUUCGUGCGCUAGCAACGCGAUGAUCCAGGCGCUCGCGGCGGAGCAUCGAAUCGAUGGCGCCAAGACCGUGUUUGAUCGAAUCCCCCGCCCGGAUCUCCAGCUCCUCCCAGGAACAUCGAUGAUCAGCCUUCUCGGCCGGAGUGGUGGAUCAUCCCUCUCCCAGGCACUGGCGAUCUUCCACGGCCUCGCCCAGCGCGAUCAGGCCUCCUGGAACGCGAUCGUGGAGGCGUGCGCUCGAUUCGGGGAGCCGACCAUUGCUGCCGCCGCGAUCGAUCGAAUGCCGCAGCGCGACGAGAUCGCAUGGGUGGUGAUCAUCACCGAGCUCGCACAGCACGAAGGAGGAUCCAUAGAUCGAUCAAAAGCCCUCUUUGAUUCGAUCGGCGAGCCGACCACCGCGAUCUGGAACGCGAUCAUCGCGGCCCACGGCCACUGCAAGCUCUACCGCGGGGCCAUCCAGUGCUUCCGCGAGAUGGAUCUCUCCGGAGUGGAGAGCGACGAGGUGACGUUCUUGGCAGUCCUGGAUGCUUGCCUGGGAGCUCCAGCGCUGGCCGAGGGGAGGAUCAUCCACGCCAGCUUGGUGGAUCGAUUCCACUCCCGCCACUACUCGGAGAUCAUCACCAACACGCUCAUCAACUUCUAUGGCAAAUCCGGGUGCUUGCGCGAGGCCAUGGAGAUCUUCCAUGGAUCAAAGCUCGGUGGUAUCUCCUCCACGUCAUGGAAUGUGAUGAUCGGAGCUUACGCUCACAAUGGUCUCUCGGAUCGAGCCAGCGAGCUCCUGGAGCUCAUGGCGCUGGAUGGAUCUCUCCCGGAUGCCUCGACGCUUAUGAGCCUUCUCACAGCUUGCGCUCACGCCGGGAAGCUCCGCUACGCCCGAGACUACUUCGUCACUCUCAAGGGGGAUUUCUUCGUGGAGCCCGACCGCGAUCACUUUGGCUGCGUUGUGGAUCUCUUGGGACGAUCCGGGAGGCUCCAGGAAGCGCUGGAGCUCGUGGAGAGCAUGCCUUUCGAGCCCGACGCGGUGGCAUUGACGAGCUUGCUGAGCUCGUGUAGGAAUUUGCACUCGUCCGACGAGGAACUCGCGAUUGGAGGGCGCGUUCUUGGAAAGUUGGCGGAGGUGAGCUCGAGAUCCGCGGUGUUUGUCAUGGCCUCAAGCAUGCAAAGGGACGUCCAAGCGUGAACGCGGCUAUGGCGGAGAGGCUGGAAUUGGGAGAAGCGGCCCCAAACUUUGAGCUCCCGGAGCCUUUGAGUGGAAAGACAUGGAAGCUCGAGGAUUUCAAGCAAUCUCCA